AUGAACGGAACCAAUACAAUUUUCGGGUUAAAGACUGAAGAAAUGUACCGGAUUCUAGGGACUACAAGAAGACCACUGCCAUUUCUGUUGGAUCUUGUGUCCAUACGAGGGAAGCGAGAUCGACGUAAGAAAAAGCGCGUCCAUAGCCAUAACGUGGGAGCUAGUACAAGCCAUGGUGCCGAGCGCCUACACACUUCACCUCCUCAAGCGUCCAUCAGCAUCACCACCGUCGACAGCACCACCUCUGAGGGCAAUAACCAACCGUCUUCUACACAGAGUCAAUCCGUCUUGCGCGUCAAGAAGAAGCGCGGCUCGAAAACGAUCUAG